UCUCCAUCUGAGAUGAAUUCUCAUCCGCGGGCAGUCAAGAUGGUAUAAAAGUCGUUGGUUGAGCUAUGCAGUGAUUGUCACUCCUGUAUCAGCUCCUCAUCCAACAGUUCGACCUAGUAGAAACACAGAAGCUCCACCACCAACAUGAAGCUCUCCCUCGCCCUAACCUCCCUCCUCCUCCCCCUCCUCGCCACCGCCCACACCAUCGCCCAACGCGUCCGCAUCAACGGCGCCGACAACGGCGAAGCCGUCGGAAUCCGCACCGCGCUCUCCAACUACCCGAUCCAAAACGUCAACGAUGCCAACAUCGCGUGCAACUCCAACUUCAAGCAGCCCGUCUCUUCGAAGGUGAUUGCCGUCAAGGGCGGCGACAGAGUCGGCGUGCUGUGGGGCCAUGUCAUCGGCGGCGCGCAGUUUGCGGGGGAUCCAGAUCAGCCGAUUGCAAAGAGUCAUAAGGGGCCUACUAUGUUUUACAUGGCGAAGGUGGACAAUGCAGCCACCGCGUCUCCAUCGGGGCUUAAGUGGUUCAAAGUCUUCGAAGACGGCCUUGACGGCUCGGGACAAUGGGGCGUGGACCGCAUGAUCAACAACAACGGCUGGGUCGACUUCACACUUCCCUCCUGUAUCGCACCAGGUGAUUACCUCCUGCGCGCUGAGAUCAUCGCGUUGCAUUCUGCUAGUAAGCAAGGCGAGGCGCAGUUCUACAUGGGCUGCGCACAGUUGACGGUAUCCGGCAGUGGCACGACGUCGCCAAGCUCGACGGUCAGCUUUCCGGGAGCCUACCAGGCGAACGAUGCGGGUAUCCUGCUGAGCAUCUACAAUAACCAAGGCCAGCCCGUGGGUAAUGGGCAGCCGUACAAGAUCCCUGGUCCUGCGGUGUUGAAGUGCUGAGUUCGUAUAGGCGAGAGGAAAGGCUGCUGGAAAGCAGUGAGGGGACACUGAGUACUGUGAGGUUGUUCAAGCACGACUUUAAUCAAAGGCGCCGGAGAGCUGCCAUGUGCACAUGUUUCCCAAGCUCCUUUGUGGGUGAUGUCCCAGCCUGUGUGGUCAGACAAGAAGACCUGACAGUCCUCGUUUUGAUGGAAGACACUUGUGUCGACUGACAUGACUCCAGCGGUGGCCAGGAGCGAGAGGUAUAUGCACGUGGGCUGUGAUGCCU